AUGGAUACAGAGUUAGUCCAUAACCUUCUCGCACGAGACGAUGCAGAAUCACUACCCUGUGUUACGGGAAACGAAUACGAUGGUCGGAUGGGACUCAGGGUUUCAUCCAUAUUUGUGAUCAUGGUUGGUUCGAUGUUUGGCGCGAUCUUCCCCGUCGUUGCAAGGCGCUUUGGUGGUUCAGGAAUUCCAUCCUGGGCAUUUUUCGUUGCCAAAUAUUUUGGGUCUGGUGUUAUUAUUGCUACCGCCUUCAUUCACCUCCUCGCUCCAGCUGAAGAGGCUUUAAGAAACAGCUGUUUGACCGGCCCUAUCACAGAAUACAGCUGGGUUGAAGGCAUAAUCCUAAUGACUAUUGUUGUCAUGUUCUUCAUGGAGCUGAUGGUCAUACGAUAUGCCCAGUUUGGCCAGAACGAUCAGCCCGAUGUUGAAGAUCACAGACAUGGACAGAUUGAUGACGAUGAGAACGCCACCCCUGAGGAUGGGAAUCGAGUCAUGCAAAGAUGCGAUAACUCGGACCGCUCCCGGUGGCACCAAGAUGCCGAAAUAUCCGAAAAGGCCAUGGCAGUGGAACAGUAUAUGGCCCAACUGACGUCCAUCUUCAUCUUGGAAUUCGGUAUCGUCUUCCACUCGGUGUUUAUCGGGUUGACUCUCGCUGUAUCUGGUGAGGAGUUUACGACCCUGUACAUCGUCAUUGUCUUCCACCAAACCUUCGAAGGGCUUGGUUUGGGCUCCCGCCUUGCUACACUUCCUUGGCCGCGAUCAAAAAGUCUGACACCGUACGUUCUGGGGAUCAUCUAUGGGUUUUCUACACCUAUUGCUAUUGCCAUUGGCUUGGGUGUACGUAAAACGUAUCCACCAACCGGUCGAACAACACUAAUCGUCAACGGUGUUUUCGAUUCGAUAUCUGGAGGCAUCCUCAUUUAUGUCGGCCUUGUUGAACUAAUGGCACACGAGUUUAUGUUCACCCCAUCUAUGCGGAGAGCCCCUAUCCGCACGGUCCUGGCAGCAUUCCUUUUGCUCUCCAGUGGUACGGCACUCAUGGCAUUACUUGGAAAGUGGGCAUAG